AUGUUCACUCACAACAAUUACCGAUUUCAUGGAAAUAAUAUAUUCUUCAUUCAAUUAUUGAUUAUUUCUUCUAUAUUAUUAUUAUUCAUUGAUGCUAAAACUAUUCAUAAUUCUACAACUUCACAUCCUCCAACAAUUGCUGUAAUCAAAUGGGAAUUUCAUGAAUUCUCUACACAUAUUACUGUCAUGUUAUUUCUUAUUAUAUUAGUUUGUUUAAAAUUAGCUUAUCAUUAUAGUCCAUAUAUAUCAGCUUAUGUACCAGAAUCAUUAUUAUUAAUUAUUAUUGGAAUUACAUUUGGUAGUAUUGUUCUGUAUGAUAUUGAAAAACAAUCAAAUAAUACCAUUGAAAAUACUGUAUGGAAAUUUACACCACAAUUAUUUGCUUACUACUUGUUACCACCAAUUAUAUUAGAAUCAGCUUAUAAUUUAUAUAAUAGAACAUUUUCUGAAUAUUUAGGUAUUGUUUUAUUAUUUUCUGUAUUAGGUACAAUAUGUAAUUUUCUACUGAUUGGUUUUUCAAUGUAUUUCUUAUAUAAAUUAAGUUUAUUCGGUGAACCAACAUUACAAUAUGAUGUAAAAGGUUAUCUUCUAUUUAGUUCAAUUAUUGUUGCUGUAGAUCCUGUAGCUGUAUUAGCUAUAUUUCAAGAUAUUGGUGUAGAAUUAAGUUUAUAUUUUAUAGUAUUUGGUGAAUCAUUAUUUAAUGAUGCAAUUACUAUUGUUUUAAAUGAUAUAAUGAUUGCAUUUACUAGUAGUGAACAAGUGACUAGUUUACAAAUAUUUAUUGGUUUUAUAUCAUUUUUUACUGUAAGUUUUGGUGGAUUAUUAAUUGGUGUGAUAUUUGGUGUAUUCACUUGUUUAAUUACACGUAUUCAUAGUCAUUUAGCAGUAUUUACAAUAUUAUUACUGGCCUAUUUCUCUUAUAUUAUGGCUGAUUGUGUUGGUUGGUCUGGGAUUAUAUCAAUGAUUGCAUGUGGUCUGGUACAAGCAGCUUAUGCAUUUCAUAAUAUUGGUGAAAAAUAUGUUAAAAGUGUACAUUUAAUUACAAGAAUGUUAGCUGAAGUUAGUGAAGCUGUAAUAUUCUUAUUUUUAGGUAUACAAGUUAUUUCUUAUAAAUUAGAAUGGCAUACUGGUUUUAUUCUAUGGGGACUUGUAUUAUGUUUAAUAUCUAGAGCUAUAGUUGUAUUUAGUAUUACAGCUAUUGUAAAUUAUGUAAAUAUUGAUGAGACAAAAAUUACAUUGGCACAACAAAUUGUUUUAAUCUAUGGUGGAUUACGUGGUGCUGUUGCAUUUGCUUUAGCUGUACUUAUACCAGAAGAUUUAUUUCCAGUCAAUGGAUUAUAUCAUAAAAAUGUUAUAGUCACUGCAACAUUAUUUAUUAUUCUAUUCACUGUUGGAUUUAUGGGUUUAACAACAAAACCACUUGUGAAAUUAUUAAAAAUACGUAAAAAAGAUAAAGAAACCUUGAGUUUAUUUCAUAUACUUAAUAAAAGUAUCAUUGAUCAAACAUUAACUGGUAUUGAAACAUUGACUGGAUCAAAAGGACGUAAUGCAAUACGUGAAUUUUGUAUGCGUAUUGAUGAAAAGUAUAUAAGACGUAUAUUACAACGUAAUCCAGAACGUUAUGAUGAGAAAAUUUUAAAAGUUUAUGAACAUAUCGCUUUAAAACUAUUAUAUGCAUCAACACGUCCAAAAGAAACGGAAAAUAUUUUAAAAAAUAUUCCAGAAUCAUUAAAAUUGAAUCAAAUUAAUCAAUAUUCAAGAAAUAACAUUCCAACUAUGCUGAAUGGAACAACAACACAAGAUUGGAUUGUACGAAAUAAUCUCUCUGUGAUACAAAUUUAUGAUGAUGAUGAUGCUGAUGAGUAUGUUCAUGGUAAUCAUCACAAUGAUGAUGCUGAUGAUGUUGAUGUUGAUGAUGAGGGUACUCUUGGUGAAGGUUCUUUUAUAUCAGCAGGACAAAUGAUUGCAAUGAAUGCACAUAAAAAACAAUAUCGAAAAAUGUCCAUAAAUCCUAAUGAUUUGUUAUUUGAUCAAUUAACACGUAAUAAUCAUUUACCUGUCUAUUCAUCCACCAUAUCAAAACAUAAUUGUCCAUUAGAUUUUAAUGAAGCAUUUAGUGAUUUAUUACAUAGUCGUUUUGGAACUAUGAAACAUCAACAAACACCAGAUAAUAAUAAUAAUAAUAAUAAUGUUGAAAUGAAUACGAAUCAUAUCGAUCAACGAACACAACACAUAAACAACAAUCAUCAUGAUAAAACUAACUCUACUAGACAAAGUUUAGAAGAUGACAAUAAACAUGAUUCUCAUAGUGAACAACAUAAUCACCCACAACAUUCUUCUCAUUCAUCAGAACCAGAAAUUAUAGACUAUCGAAAAAGACAUGAUCUUACAAAGAAUAUUAAAUAAGGAGGGGGGGGGCAUUGUAUAAUUAAUUUAAUGUAAACACAUUGAUUGCGAUGAGUAAGAUUAUAGAAUAAUUGAGAUUGUUAUUAUUUAAUAAUUGUUAACUGAUACUACUACUAUAUAUAUUUAUUUUGUAAAUUAUGUACAGAAUAUUUUUGAAAAAAAGAUUUUAUUUUAUUUUAUUGCAAAAAUAAAUGUGUACACAAAUUAUUAGAUCGAUUAUAUAAAUAAAAUGAG